GGUCUCUUUCUGGGGUUAGGUGAGGUGAAGAAGCCGCUUGGCCGUCGCUAUGGGAGUGCCCAAGUUCUACCGAUGGAUCUCGGAGAGGUAUCCCUGCCUCAGCCAGGUGGUGAAGGAGCACCAGAUUCCAGAAUUUGACAACUUGUACCUGGACAUGAACGGUAUCAUUCAUCAGUGUUCACAUCCUAAUGAUGAUGAUGUUCACUUCAGAAUUUCUGAAGAUAAAAUAUUUGCUGACAUAUUUCACUAUUUAGAAGUAUUGUUUCGCAUUAUUAAACCACGGAAGGUUUUCUUCAUGGCAGUCGAUGGAGUAGCUCCAAGAGCCAAAAUGAACCAGCAGCGUGGGAGACGUUUUAGGUCAGCAAAGGAGGCAGAAGACAAAAUAAAAAAGGCAUUGGAAAAAGGAGAAACUCUUCCUACGGAAGCCAGAUUUGAUUCCAAUUGUAUUACCCCAGGGACUGAAUUCAUGGCCAGGUUACAUGAACACCUGAAGUAUUUUGUAAAUAUGAAGAUCUCUACAGACAAAUCCUGGCAAGGCGUGACUGUUUACUUAUCGGGCCAUGAGACACCAGGAGAAGGGGAACAUAAAAUUAUGGAAUUUAUCCGAUCGGAGAAGACAAAACCCGACCAUGAUCCGAACACAAGACAUUGUCUGUAUGGGUUAGAUGCUGACCUGAUCAUUCUGGGACUAACAAGUCAUGAGCCACAUUUCUCGCUUUUAAGAGAAGAGGUCCGAUUUGGUGGCAAAAAGUCACAAAGAGUGUGUGCUCCAGAAGAAACCACUUUCCAUCUGCUGCACUUAUCAUUAAUGAGAGAAUAUAUUGACUAUGAAUUUUCCCCAGUUAAAACCAAGAUUAAAUUCCCAUAUGAAAUUGAAAAGAUAAUAGAUGACUGGAUCUUAAUGGGAUUUCUAGUUGGAAAUGAUUUUAUCCCUCAUCUACCUCAUUUGCACAUUAACCAUGAUGCGCUGCCAAUGCUUUAUAGAACAUACAUGGCUGUAUUGCCUGAACUCGAAGGUUACAUUAAUGAAAAAGGGCACCUCAACUUGUCACGCUUUGAGAAAUAUCUUGCAAAACUGUCUGAUUUUGACCGUGAGCACUUCAGUGAAAUCUUUGUAGAUUUAAAGUGGUUUGAAAGCAAAGUAGGCAAUAAAUAUCUGAAUGAGGCAGCUGGUAAGGCAGCUGAAGAAUCAAAACAGCAUAAGAAACACAAGGUUCAGGAAAAUGCCUUAUAUUUGGCAGCUUUAGAGAAACCAAAUGGUGGGAAUGAAGUCACUUUGAAAACCGCUUUAGAAGAUGAACCAGAAGAGGAUGAUUUGUUUGAAACAGAGUUUAGACAGUACAAAAGAACCUACUAUAUGACAAAGAUGGGUGUAGAAGUAGUUUCAGAUGACUUUCUGGCAGACCAGGCAAAGUGUUAUGUUCAGGCAAUACAAUGGAUUUUGCAUUACUACUAUCAUGGAGUUCAGUCAUGGAGCUGGUAUUAUCCCUAUCAUUAUGCACCUUAUCUCUCUGAUAUUCGCAAAAUCAGCGACCUGAAGAUUUAUUUGGAUUUAGAGAAACCGUUCAUGCCAUUUGAACAACUUCUUGCAGUGUUGCCAGCAGCUAGCAAGGAUUUACUUCCAAAAUGCUACCAGCAUUUGAUGACCAGUGAAGAUUCUCCCAUUAUUGAUUAUUAUCCAACAGAAUUUAAAACAGAUUUGAAUGGAAAGCAACAAGAAUGGGAGGCUGUGGUAUUAAUUCCAUUCAUUGAUGAGAAACAAUUGUUAGAAGCAAUGGAACCCUGCAACAAGUUAUUGACAGCAGAAGAAAGACAAAGAAAUAGACACAGUGAAUGCAUAAUGUACUUAUAUGAUAAAGAUCUAGAUUUCCAGUACCUGUCACCAUGGCCAGAGAAGUUCCCUGCCAUAGAACGAUGCCAUACCAGGUAUAAAUCCUUGUCCUUGGAUGCUUGGCUUGUAGAUAUAGCCCAUAAUGAAAUAACCAAGUUGGAUUUGGAGAAGGUGUAUUUCUGUGGUUUUCCUACUCUGAAGCACAUUCCUCAUAAGUUCUAUCUUAAGAAAUAUGGUGUUCAAGUAUUUCAGCAAAGUAGCCAUGGAGAAAACAUGUUGUUGGAAAUCAUGGUUAGAGAAGAUUCAGAAGAACUGAACAUAGAAAAUAUAGCCAGUUCAGUGCUUGGGAAAUCUGUCUUUGUUAACUGGCCACACCUGGAAGAAGCCAGAGUUGUUGUUGUAUCAGAUGGCGAAACAAAGUUUAGUUUAGAGGAGCCUCCUGGAACACAGAAGCUCUACAUGGGAAAUGCUGUGCCACCAACUAAAGUAACGUACGUUGGAGAUAAAGAACAGAAUUUAUGGAAGAAAGAUAUCCAGGGAAUUUCAGAACACUACCAAAAAAGGAAAGGAAUUAUCAUUAAUGAAACAUCUGCCAUUGUAUAUGCUCAGUUACUUACUGGACGUAGAUACCAAUUGAAUCAAAGUGGUGAAGUGUACUUGGAGAAGCAAUGGUCCAAGCAGGUUCUGCCUUUUGCAUACCAAACAGUUGUCAAGGAUAUAAAAGCUUUUGAUUCCCGCUUUUCCAAGUUGAAAACUUUGGAUGACCUCUUCCCUCUUGGAUGUACAGUCUUUAUGCUGGGAGUACCUUACUAUGGCUGCACAGGAGAAGUUCAGGAUUCAUCAGAUGUCAUCGUAGAGGGUCGAAUCCGUGUUCUUUUCAACAGUCCAUGUGAACCUCAGUUAGAGAUCUUGAUACAGAAUCAACAUAAAUAUUCAGUGAAGUACAAUCCCGGAUAUGUGUUGGCCAGUCGUCUUGGAGUAAGUGGCUACCUUGUGUCAAGAUUUACAGGAAGCCUAUUUAUUGGAAGAGGAUCAAGGAAAAAUCCACAUGGAGAUCACAAAGCAAGUGUGGGAUUGAACUUAAAGUUCAAUAAAAAGAAUGAGGAAGUCCCUGGCUAUACAAAAAAAGUUGGAAAUGAGUGGAUGUAUUCCUCUGCAGUGGAACAGCUUCUUGCUGAAUAUUUGGAAAGGGUUCCAGAACUUUUUAGUUAUGUAGCUAAAAACGGUCAAGAAGAUAUAUUCUAUGAAGAUGACAUUUGGCCUGGAGAAGAAGAGAAUGGUGCAGAGAAAGUUCAAGAAAUCAUUGCAUGGCUGAAGGCUCAUCCUGUUAGUACGCUGUCACGUUCUUCUUGUGAUUUACACAUUCUGGAUGCUGCUAUUGUUGAAAAGAUUGAAGAAGAAAUAGAAAAGUGCAAGCAAAGAAAAAGUAAUAAGAAAGUGCGUGUGACAGUGAAACCUCAUUUGUUAUACAGAUCAUUAGAACAACAGCAUGGAAUUAUACCAGAUCGCGAUGCAGAUUAUCGUCUCUUUGACCGUGUUGUUAAUGUGAGAGAGAACUUUUCAGUUCCCCUUGGACUUCGUGGGACCAUUAUAGGAAUUAAAGGAGCCAGCAGAGAGUCUGAUGUGCUGUAUGAAGUCCUGUUUGAUGAAGAGUUUCAUGGUGGAUUGACAAUAAGGAGUUCACCUGCCAGAGGAUAUCGCAUGCCAUCUAGUGCCUUAAUUAACCUUUCUUAUGGCAAUCGGUCUGAAACAGGAAAUCAGAAGCUAACUGCCAUAGUCAAACCUCAGCCAGCUGUGAGUCCCUACAGCUCAUAUUCACCUGAAUCAUUUUCUGUAUCUUCACAAAAAGCACAUCUAGGAGGUCUGAAUCAUUCCCCUCGUUCCCUCUUUGUUCCAACUCGACAACUGAAUGGAAGGCAGCACAACAGUCUCAAGGUUGAAAACCAAGGCGAUUCUGGGUCCCUCCAGAAAGGAGCGUAUUCAGGUGGCAAUGAAAAAUAUAAAAAUAAACAAGAUGAUGAAUUUUGCAGCAUUUGGCAAACUUUGCAGAGCUCUGGGAAGCCUCACCCUACUCAACAAAAUAAGCACGAAAAGGGUGGAAUGUUACCUCAGUCUAUAAAGCUGAAUACCAGUGGCCAGUUCUGCAAACCAGGCUUUAAUGAAAGUAGCUUCAGAGGUCACCAAAGAAAACAAGAAUCGUUUAAGAAAUCCAAAGAAGAAUCUAAAGAUCCAAGAAAUGAAGGUCAAACACACAAAGUAUCAAAUAAACAGAAUGUUGCAGGUGCUAACAAGUAUGUGAAGCUUUUGAAGAGGAACGAAAGUCCAAAUAUCCCAGUAGAACAAAAGUUGGAAGUUGAUGAUCCCAGUGUAACAGAGAAGAAUGGAUCUGAACUUGAAGACAUCUUGGCAUCUUUGAAAAUCUUCAAAGAAAAGGAAGUAAAAUCAUCUUACUCUGAGGAGCCAGCAAAUGAAGAGCACUUGUCUCCACAGUCUUUUGCUAUGAAAGGGACACAGAUGCUCAAAGAAAUUUUGAAGAUAGAUGCUUCUGACACAACUGAAGGGAAGACCGCAGUGAAAGAAGUUUCUGCUUCUCCUGGAAGACAAGAUCCUUAUGGAUCUGCCUCACAACACAGGCACCCAAAAAAGAUGGCCGCUUUCAUGAGCAAAUCCCCCAGUGCAGGAGGGUUUCCGAACACUCAAGGCAUGGAAACUGGAGGCCACCCUCCUCUUGGACCACCAAACCCAUUGUCCACACCAGUAUCUGAGCUGUCUCGCCUUUGUUCUCUUUUUGGAAUGCUGCCACCAGAUUUUUCAUUUCUUAGAACCCCACAGACAAUGACAGUUUGUCAAGUAAAAUUGUCAAACGGCUUAUUAGUACAUGGACCUCAGUGCCAUUCUGAAAACGAAGCCAAGGAGAAUGCUGCAUUGUUUGCUUUACAACAGUUGAGCACGAUUGGGAUGAACUAUCCACUGCCACAAGCACCUGUAUUUCCAAAUUAUGCACCUGUGGGACCUCUUGUGCCACCUGGAUCUAUUCCUCCAGUCUUCACCCAGCACAGUGCUAAUAUGUUCCCUUCACCCGCUCAUGCGUUUGGCUCCAUGCCAUGGGGAACUCCACUGCCGGUUCAUGGCAAACCUUAUUAUGCCAGUCCGUAUCCUGGAAACGUGCCUUUUAUGGCUGGUGUACCAGUUGGAACACACAACCAGUUUAUACCUUUGCAGGUAACUAAAAAAAGGGCUGCAAACAAGAUGAACUCUGAAUCAAAGGAGUUCCCAGCUUCUCCUCAAGACACACAGUUAAAGAACGAGCAUCUAGUAUCUGACAGUACAAAACUGCAUCUCCAGGAUCGUUCUUCAGAUUCUUUAAGAUCUCCACCGCAGACUGCUCUGUCAGGGAUGUUAUUUCAAGAGAAAAUGGCUUCUUCAAACUCAGUUGCAUCUCGUAAAAAAUCAACACCAAAUGUUUCUACCAAGAGAAAGCCAAGAAAAUUAGCUGUGAAUUUUGGUGUACCCAAAUCUUCAGAAUAAGCAUAGUAUUCUGAUGACUUUAUUUUUCCAUUACGUUAAAAGACAAUACUAAACAUUUAAGCAUAAUGACUUGAAAAAUGUUUUGUAUCGUGAAUAUCUCCUUUUACUUUGAUUAUUUUCAAUAAGUAUUUAUGUCCAUUGAACAGAGUGAUUUAACCUGUUUAAUAUCCAUGAGACAUUGAGUUAAAGAAAUGACCCUUAUCUAUUGUGCCUGUUUAACAAGUGUUUUUAUGGAUCUGCCCCAGGAGAUGAGCAAUAAUAUGGAGAUGGCAGUCCUAGUUGAUAAUUGCUUUGUUUAAAUUGAGAAUUGGAAGCAUGGUUGUUGACAUUUUGUCUCCCUGUUAAUGUUGCUACAACUUCUUUAAGUGGUUUAAUUUAUAUGUCACCUAACAUUUUAUCUCUAUUUUUCAGAUCCUUCUGACCGAUUACAGUAUGAUUAGAUUUUCACUGUUGUGAUACUGACAGCUUUGUUUUUGUGUAAGAUUCGUUUCUAGGAAUUAUGCCAAAGCAGCUUAAGGACUUGGACAUUGUCUGACUAAAAUUGUUGUAAUUAACUGUUUUUAACAAACUGGCACCAUUAACAAGCAACUGAUGAGGAAACCAGAUUAUAGAUAUGCUUCAGGAAUGUUUUACUUAAGUGCAAGUAUGUUUUUAAAAAGUGUCCCAUACUCAUUGGAAGCAGUAAUGUGAAUGACUGACUUUGAUAGCUUUUACUGUGGUUCUGGUCUUACUCCAAUAACCAAAAUGAACACAUCCCUCUUGAAGACCUUUUAGUACAUUUGUUGAUCUCUAAAAGCAUAUACAGCCAUGGUUUGCAAUGUAUGGGUCCCCAGAUCUUUUGACCUUCAACUCCCAGAAAUCCCUAAACUGGGAUUUCUGGGAGUUGUAGGCCAAAACACCUCGGGAGCCACAGGUUGAGAACCACUUAUAUACAGUAUUAUUUGACCUGGUGUAUCCAAAGCACUGAUCUUGAAUAGUUUGUUUUCAUUAAUAUAAGCAACCUUCUCAAUUAUUUUUUUAAGUUUUACAUUAUGAGUUUGGAAGAUGCUGCAGCACAGUCUCAUACUCAAAAAAGCAAAGUCCUGUCUGAGUGUAUAACGUAAGAAAAGUUACCACAGAGAUAACUGGUUUGUGGCGGCCAAGCGUUCAUAGGGACGUUGCUUAUUGAUCCUUCAUGUCAGCUCUUCCUAUCAUUGUGAAGCAGAAUUCCCCAAGUGUUGGAUUGUUCACCCACUAAUAGGGAACGUGAGCUGGGAUUAGCCUGUUGUAAGACAGGUUAGUUUGAACCUUCCGAUGAGGCGGCAUUGUGCUAGUUCCAUAUUUAGAGAGGUAGAAUUUUAAACUGAAAUAUGUUAAUCUAUUACCAGCGUUCAAAAUGUCAGGAUCUUUUUUUUUUUUUUUAGCCACACUAUCUUGGUGUGUCGGCUGUCAACGCCUCACACCUUGCUUUUUCCAAAUUAACUUCCAUGUAAGAAAAUAAUGGUCUAAAGAGUACCAUCUUGAGUCUCGGUGUAUACAUCUCAAAGUUUCCUAAAUUUAAGUUUGUGAAUGUAAGAAUGUAUGCAUACACCCAGAUGCUAUUAUCACUCUUCAGACUAUAGAGCAGGCAUCUUCAAACUGCAGCCCUCCAGCUGCUUGGGCCUCCAACUCCCAGAAGCUUGAACGAGUUUGUUCAAUUGUCAGGAAUUCUGGGAGCUGAAGGCCCAAACAGCUGGAGGGCUGCAGUUUGAGGAUGCCUACUAUAGUGUAUGGUCCUUUCCCUGCAUUCAAAUUGAUGCUCAUGUGCAAGCAGAAUAUUCUUUUUUUAAAGGGGAUUGUCACGUUGCAAUGUGGGAAAAGAGCAUAUGUCACAGAAUCAUAGGCACAGUCCAUCUAUAAGUCAAAUGUUUUACUCGGUGUUUACUGGAGAACACAUGCUUGAUAUUGGUACAGAGAUCUUAAAAGUCAAGAUGUCUUUCCACUGCUAGGGUCUGAUACAAUUUCAUUUCUGUGUGACCAGUUAAAUCAAGGUCUCUAAUACUUUCAUCUCUAGCUAUUAAUGUGGCUACAGAUUUUUAUGAAAAAUAACUCAUUAAAUGUGCCAACAUGUUUAGAUGCAUCACUCAAAAUAUAUUACUGCUGUCCCUCCACAUUUACAGUAUAGACAUUUGAGAAUUUGAUUAUUCAUAGAUUUCGUAUGUUGUCUCUAGGAAUCUCUAGGUUGCUCUGUCUAAACAACUUUUAAUCCAGAUACUAGCAUUUACUUCUCCGAUUUCACAAGACUUACAUUGAUCUCUGUAUACUAGAACUAGUCCUAUGGAAUUGUGAAAAGGCUGUUUUAUUUUUUUAAAAAUCAGAACCAGCAGAACUAUCAUUUUAUUGUUAUUUUAUUAUUAUUUUAUACCAAGGGAUUUGUGAUCUCAGUAAAACUGCCAGUCAAGUUUUCAUCAGCUUGGUUCUCAUCCCAGCAAUGUAUUGUAUAUCUUUUCAUUGUGUCUUGCUUUAGUUUGUUAAUAUGAAAGAUCACAUCGGUAUUAGUUUCCUGUAUCCUUGGUGCCCAGUUCCUAGAUGUGUAUUUUCUCAGAUAUAAACAAUUGGUUUAAUACAUUUUAUUCAUAAUUUCAUUCUGUUUUUAUAUUAAAAAAUAAUAUGGCUCAUUUCUCUCAAAAGGUAUUUUGUAAAUGCUGGAUUUUUUCACUAAGAUCUUGUAUAGAAUAGUAUUUUAUUAUGAUCUGAAAGGGAAGACUUUUAUGUGCACAUUUUAUAGUUUCUUUAAAACUGAAAAACAAAAGAACUUUUGUCUAUCUGCCAAAAGAAAAUGUUUAAAUCUGGCAUGAAUUGACUGCACCAGUGUGUAUAUUGUUGAGCAUUUCAGAAUUUUGGCAUUUAGUUUGUGCAAAAAUAUUUUAAAUUUGAAUGUAAAAUAAACCAGAAAAAAGUCAUAUCUGGAGAGCUUUAAUACAAUAAUUUUAUAAAGACUUGCCCAUGUCUGCUUGCAUUAAAAAUGUAUACAAA